AUGCACCUCCUUCAAACUUUGACGGCCUCGUUGCUGCUCACUGGCAGCUCACUAUGCGCCGGAGCUACUAAGACCGAGAAGGGUCACCAUGGAGCAAUUGCUCCCAAGGUGUUCAUUGUGUCAAUGUUCGAACCUGAAGCUGAAGCUUGGUGGCACAUUCCCGAAUUCGACUUGUUCACCCACAACAUCACCAUUCCUGGCCUCUCGCCUCUGUUCCCGGAAGUCUACUGCACCAAGAACCAUGAAGUUUGCCAACUCGUCACCGGAGAAGGCGAGAUCAAUGCCGCUACCACGGUUAGCGCCGUUGCUUUCUCCCCUAAAUUCGAUCUCACGCAGACUUACUUCUUCGUCGCGGGUAUUGCCGGCGUCAGCCCCGAGAAAGCCACCACUGGAUCCGCUACCUUUGCUCGGUACGCAGUCCAGGUCGCGCUGCAGUACGAAAUCGAUAUCCGUGAGCUCCCCAGCAACUAUUCCACCGGAUAUGUCGCGCAAGGCACCGAUUUCCCAGGCGAAUACCCGACUAGCAUCUACGGCACAGAGGUCUUCGAAGUGAACGCCGAUCUGCGCACAAUUGCCGCCAAUUUCGCGCGAAAGGCAAACCUCUCCGAAUCCGACUCCGCCACAGCCCAGGCCUACCGCGCCCACUACAAGACCCCCAGUGGGAAGUACAAGGCUGCCACCUUGCCCCCUAGUGUUGUUGAAUGCGAUGUCGCGACCUCCGACGUGUACUUCAGCGGCAAUAUCCUAGGCUCGACGUUCGAAAACACCACCAAGGUGUUGACUAACGGUACCGGUGACUAUUGCACAACCGCGCAGGAGGAUAACGCCACCAUCGAGGUCUUGCUGCGAUCCGCGAUGCACAAGCUGACUGAUUUCUCCCGCAUUAUCGUCAUGCGCACUGCGUCUGACUUUGAUCGCCCUUAUCCCGGUACUUCGGCGGCCUACAAUCUCUUCCAAGCGGAGCAGGGCGGAUUCGAGCCCGCUAUCAAGAAUAUCUACGUUGCUGGUAUCAAGGUCAUCGAGGGUAUCCUGGACGGGUGGGAUUCCACCUUUUCUGCUGGUAUCAAGGCCAACAACUACAUCGGCGAUAUCUUCGGUUCUCUGGGCGGUGUUCCGGAUUUCGGUCCUGGACCCGAGCACGCUCUUGUCUCUAAGCGCAGCCUUCAAAAGAACUUCAAGCGUCGUCUUUGA